AUGCCAGUAAGGGACAAUGGUUUUUGUCCAGUGUACUAUGGAACCCCUUACAGAUCUGAACAAUCAAAUCAAUGGAAUUAUAUCAGAAGAUUAAGUAAUUCAGUUAAUAUCCCAUGGGUUUUACUAGGUGACCUCGACAUAACUUUAUCUUAUGAGGAAAGAAAAAGUACUUCUAGACAAAGCACUUCUUCUGAUAUAGUUUCUUUGAUUAGAGAUUCAGACUUAACAUAUCUUGGUUUUAGUGGGAAUCCUUUCACUUGGACUAGUAACAAACAAGGAACAUGUUCUAAUGCUUUUGUUCUUGUUAAUAAGCUCUCUAAUACUAGACAUAUCCUCUCAAUUUGGAGCAAAUCUACUUUUGGUAAUGUUCAGACCAAAAUUCACCAACUUCAGGCAGAUUUAUCUCAGUUACAAUCUACAGAUAUAAAUGGUUGCAACACUGAUGCUGUCAUUGCUCUGGAGAAAGAGAUCAACUCACUCAAUGAUGUUCUAGCAAGUUCUAAUGCUUUUGUUCUUGUUAAUAAUCUCUUUAAUACUAGACAUAUCCUCUCAAUUUGGAGCAAAUCUACUUUUGGUAAUGUUCAGACCAAAAUUCACCAACUUCAGGCAGAUUUAUCUCAGUUACAAUCUACAGAUAUAAAUGGUUGUAACACUGAUGCUGUCAUUGCUCUGGAGAAAGAGAUCAGCUCACUCAAUGAUGUUCUAUCAAGUUCUUAUAGGCAGAAAGCAAAUGAUCAUUUCUAUAAGGACAUGGACAAGAAUUCAAAAUACUUUCAUAUCAAAGUAAAGAGAAGAAGAGCCAGAAAUAUAAUAGAUUCUUUACUUGCACCGGAUGGUUCUUGGUGUACUGACAGAGAAUCUGUUGAAAAUCUACUUCAAGCUAAUUUUCAGAAAUUCAUGACUUCAUUUGCUCCUUCAAACAACUAUUACUUUCUAGAAUAUAUUCCAAAAUGUAUUACAGAAGAGGAUAACUAA